AUGGUUCGCUCAGCGAAGAGGCGGUCCGACGUCAUCGAGUGGCUCAACAGCCUGUUUCCUGGCCUCCGUAUGCCGGUCGACGCGUCGGAGGAGGAACUCCGGGCGCGGUUGCUCAACGGAUCUCUUCUUUGCGGCAUCCUGAGGAGGUUGAGCCCCGGCUACUCCAAUGAGAUGAGGAACGAUAACUAUGAUUCUACCCCCGAGAACAGUUCGGAAAACAUAACCAAGUUUGUAUCGGUUGUCGAGAACAUGGGACUGCCAGGAUUCAACGUAUUCGAUUUAGAACAGGGGGCAGUGUCUGCAGUGGUGUACUGCCUUUGGUCUCUCAAGGAUCACCUCCUCUCGGACGUCUGCCAGGACGGAAACUCGCUUGUUAGAAGUGGAGGAGAGGGGAGAGCGAAGCCCAAAGUGCUUCAAAGCACAAGGUUUGCCCCACUCAGUGUUGUGGUUGGGGAUGGCAAUGGUCACAGCCCUGCUUCCAUUGGAGAACAAAGAAGGCAUAGCUUCCAUGAGCUAAGAUCGCCACAUUACUCUCAGAACACUCACAUUUCGGCUUCUUCUGUGAGUGCAGAGCCAUCAACCCCACAAUCUCCUUAUGGUGGUCACAAGUUCCAUGAUGUUUUCCAACUAAAACAAGGACAUUAUUAUGAUAUUCAGGCAUCAAAGAUCUCUGAUAUGAUGAAAUCAAAUAGCUUAGAUAAUGCCCCGACUCAAUCUCUUUUAAGCAUCAUGAAUGGGAUUCUUGAUGAAAGUAUUGAGAGGAAGAACGGAGAUAUACCUCAACGUGUAUCAUCCUUGUUGAAAAGAGUAGCGCAAGAGAUUGAACGUCGUAUUGCAACCCAAGCCGAACACAUACACAAUCAAAAUAAUCUUAUCAAAACCAGGGAGGAGAAGUAUCAAUCAAGAAUUAGAGUGCUUGAAGCAUUAGCAAUGGGUACAAAUGAAGAAACACAGAUAGUUAUGGAACAACUCCAACUUCUGAAGACAGAAAAGCAUAAAAUUGAAGAGAAAAACACACAUGAUGAAGAAAAUAUAGGUAGGUUGCUGAAGGAGAAGGAGAAAAAUGACAAAAAUACUUCAGAACUUGCUAAGGAGUUAGAGACUAUAAAAAGGGCAUACAAAGAGCAAUAUCGGCAUAUGGAAACAAAAUCAAAGGAGAAUCAGGAGGAGUUCGAACAAAAAUUAAAAGAAGUUGAAUCCUAUUUGGAAGAAUCAAGAAGCAGAAUGAAAGAGCUAGAGGCAAUUUCAGAAUCCAAGACCCAAAAUUGGAAUCACAAGGAACAUGUUUUUCAGAAAUUCAUAAAUCUGCAACAGCAAUCAGUGAAGGAGUUGAGGUCAUCCUAUGACUCAAUUAAGCAUGAACUUGCAGUUUCACAAAAGAAAUGGUGUGAAGAAUCAAUUGCCUUUGGGAAGAGACUGAAAGUACUGACUGAUGCUGCAGACAACUACCAUAGCAUCCUUGCUGAAAACAGAAAAUUGUUUAAUGAAGUUCAAGAGCUAAAAGGGAACAUUAGAGUCUAUUGCCGUAUAAGACCAUUUCUUUCUGGUGAAGACAAGAAGCAUACUACAAUAGAGUACAUUGGCGAGAAUGGUGAGCUUCUUAUUGCAAAUCCCUCCAAGCAAAGAAAAGAUGGACAACGAAUGUUCAAAUUCAAUAAGGUCUUUGGUCCAGCUUCUACUCAAGAGGAGGUGUUCCUUGACACUCAACCAUUAAUUCGCUCAGUUCUUGAUGGUUACAAUGUAUGCAUUCUAGCAUAUGGUCAAACCGGAUCAGGAAAAACUUAUACCAUGAGUGGACCAAAUGGAGCAAGUGACGAAGAAUGGGGCGUCAAUUGUCGAGCUCUAAAUGACCUAUUUCAAAUAUCCCGAAACAGGAGAGACACCUAUAUGUAUGAGGUGGGUGUUCAGAUGAUUGAAAUCUACAAUGAGCAAGUCAGAGAUCUGCUUGCAAAUGAUGGUUCACAAAAGAAACUUGGAAUUCUGAAUGCUUCGCAACCGAAUGGACUUGCUGUCCCUGAUGCAAGUAUGCACCCUGUUGCGUCUACGAACGAUGUCCUGAAACAGAUGCAAAUGGGAAACAGCAACAGGGCAGUGGGUGCAACAGCUCUUAAUGAAAGAAGCAGCAGAUCACACAGUAUCAUGACAGUUCAUGUACGAGGUGUGGAUUUAAAAACUGGAGCUACGUUAAGAGGCUCUCUGCAUCUAGUAGAUCUUGCUGGAAGUGAGAGGGUUGAACGUUCAGAGGCCAUAGGUGAUAGAUUGAAGGAAGCUCAACAUAUCAACCGAUCUUUGUCGGCUCUCGGAGAUGUCAUAUUUUCUCUAUCACAGAAAAAUUCUCAUGUACCUUACAGAAACAGCAAACUAACCCAAAUUUUACAAAGUUCUCUCGGUGGACAUGCUAAGACACUUAUGUUUGUACAGAUAAACCCAGAGAUAGGAUCUUAUUCUGAGACAUUGAGUACCUUAAAAUUUGCUGAGAGGGUGUCUGGAGUGGAGUUGGGUGCUGCAAAGAGUCAAAAGGAAGGAAAAGAUAUUAGAGAUUUGAUGGAACAGAUAGCAACACUUAAAGAUGUAAUAACUAAUAAAGAUGAGGAAAUUGAACAAUUACAACAGUUAAGAGACACUAGUUCUGGGUAUAAUGGCAACUCAUUGAGUCACUCAGCCUCUUAUACAAUUGAACACAAGAGGAAUUUUUACGAGGAGAGGGUACAGGCUAAUAAAAAGGUCGCAUUGGAUCAAGAAAACUACUCCGACCAAAGUGGCGAGCAUUCUGAAUCCGGUUCUCAGUGGUCGACUGACGGUAGAAGGCACCUAAAGCUUCAAGCUAUUGAGCUUACUGUUGAUCCGGAGCUUGUCAGUCUCGGUGAUGCAGAUUCAGAGGAAAGAUUAAGUGAAAUAUCAGAUGGCAUUAUUUCCAUGGCAACAGAAACAGAUGCUUCAAUAACAAGUCUUACUGACCUUAAUCUCCAUGGGCAAGUCAAGUCACCAGAAGACAUGAAAGAUGAGAAAGUGUAAGAUCUCUAGAAUUUUAUGUUCCUUUUUUUCUCGAACUUUAUAUGAGAUUUUUUUUCAACAUAUGCUCAAUUCAAACAAACACCGAUAGACAUAUUUUCAUUCAUUUAAUGAAGUUGCAUUGUUUACUACAACCAAUCUCUUUGCUGAAACAGGGUAUAGUUUCUUAUAACUUCACUUCAAUAUAUUAACUACAGCCUUUCUUAAAUGCAGGUCUAGAAAAACAUCAAGAGUAUCUAAACCACCUUCAUAUAAGACUGGACAAGUCCCAAUACUCCCAACAAGAUCAAGAGGAGACUUAAUUAAGCCUCCAAGUAUGUAGAUUUCACUCCUAAAAAACUUUAGUAUCACUUUUUUCAUACCUGUGAUCUAGUUGUCUCGCUGAGAAUACAUUUGCUCAUCAACUUCUCUUCCAAUAAUAAAGGUGCACGGAAAAGCACAAGCCGAUCAACAGUGGCUUCAUCCAAGCCUCCCAGACGUUGGCAAUAGGGAACUUGAUGCUGCUACUUAAUCAAAUCUCAUUUAUGAUAAAAUUUCCAGUCGCAUUUAUUUCACAUGUCAAAGAUAUGUAAACAAAUAAAAUACAUAUAAUAAGGAAAAAAUACGUCUCUAAAUAUUUUACAUUGUAAUUACUAUUCUUGUUUAUUCUCUUUAUCAUUAUCCUUUUUGAUAUCACCAUUUUUUAAAAAAAAAACAAAG